AUGUCAGCUGAGACUGACGUUGGUGGGGCUGGAGCGGCCGCGAGCCAAGCAGCAAAUGCUAUUAGUGCGUUCGCAGCCUUUCUUCCUUGGUUCGAUUCGGUUAAUAGAGUAGUCGAAGAAAUUUUAAGUGUUUAUGAAGCAGCUGAAUAUAAUAAAAGAACAUGUCGUGUUCUAGUUGAUCGUGUAGAAAAUGUUGCUACAGCUGUUAGAAAAUUAAAUCGUAGAAGAGAAGAUGAAAAAGAAAAAUUUCAUAAUUGUGAUUACUUAAAAACAUUUAUAAAACUUCAUAAAGUUUUAAAAAAUAUUAAAGAAUUUAUUAAUAACGUUUCUCAACUUAAAGGCCUUUCAAAAUUUCUUUAUGCUAAAGAUAUAAAAGCAAAAUGUCUUGCUUUAAUAGAGGAAUUAGAAACUACUUGUCGUGAUUUACAAUUUGGUAUUGUUGUAUCAAUGGAGGAUAGAAAUCUUGAAGAAAAAAGUUUAUCUGAAGAUGUGGUUAAAAUGACUGAGUUUCUUAAAACAAUCGAAGGUGGCGUUAUAGAUGCGAAUAAUCAGCUUAAAGAAAAUAAUGAAAUACUUUGUAACGUACAUACUGACGUUGGAACUGUUAAAGAGCAUACUGAUGAAAUUAAGAUAAAACUUAAUGCAAUUUUUGAAGAAGUUAUUGAAAUUAAAAAGAAAGUAUAUAAAAGGGAAAUUUCUUUAGGUGCUCCUCAUAUUGAUAUUAAUUGUUUAGAAGAGGUUAUUGAACGAAAUUCAUUAAUAGAAAGAAAAAUUUUUAAACGUUUAUAUAAUGGAAUUGAAGUUGCUUGUAAACGUAUUACUAUUCCAAAUGAUGAUGAAAAAUGGAAAAUGACUAAAAAUCGUUUUGCAAUUUUAAGUAGAUUACAACAAUCUGAUAAAAUAAUUAAAUUUUAUGGUUUUUCAAAAUAUGAUAAUGGUGAAUAUCUUAUCGUAUUUGAAUGGGCUAAAUAUGGAAAUUUAAGAGAACUCUAUGAAAGAGUAGAUAUUCCUUGGAAAUAUAAAAUUAAAAUUGCUCAUGACAUUUGCUGUGGUCUUGUCUUUUUGCAGGGUUGUGAUAUUUUUCACCAUGAUGUACGAUGUGAAAACGUAAUGAUUACAGAUAAUGAUGGUUACAAUGCGAAACUUGCAAAUUUUGAUCUUAGUCGACAAAGAAAUGAAAAUAGUAUUAAAAUUGUAAGCAUUAGUGAAAUAAUUCCUUGGUUGGCGCCUGAAAAAAUGGGUUCUGAUCCGAGUACGAAUAGUAAUGCGAAUAAUAAAAAAGAAAAUCCCUAUACAUUUAAAUGCGAAGUAUUUAGUUAUGGUAUGCUUUUAUGGGAGCUCGCUUUCCAACAGAUACCAUAUAAAAAUAUGGACACAAUGUACAUAUGUGAGCAUGUCAAGGCCGGUAAAAGAGAACAUUUUAAUUUCACUGGCAAAUAUGCUGGACUUAAAGAAGUUAUCGCCGGAUAUUCAAAGAUAAUUAUAGCGGCUUGGGCACAUGAACCAGCUGAACGACCAAGUAUUAAUGUUUUUAACUUUGAACUUAAAAAAUUAAAUGGAUUAAUAAAUUCUGUAGAGGAAUCUAAUCAUAGUGAAGAUAUAACUGAUGAUGAAGGUGGUCCAUUCGUGAGUGAUGAUAUCCCUUCCCUUAUUCCUCCGUUAGAAGAUGGUCUUAGGGCGCACAGGGAUAAGUCAAAGAGAGAAAAGGCAUGGGAAUGCUUUGAAAUUCAUGCUGAACUUGGUGAUCCUGUUGCCAAGUAUUGGAAAGGUUAUUAUUUAAAAGAAGGUUAUCAUAGAGGUGUGAAGGAUCCUGUAGAAGCAGUAAGACUUUUUAAGGAAGCUGCUGAUGAAAACGUUCCAGAUGCUCAACUUCAUUAUGCAUUUGCAAUGUUGGAAGCUAAUAACGUUAAAGAGUUUCUGUCUUACUUGAAUAAAGCUGUUAUUAAUGGCAAUCCUUCCGCAUUAUUUAAUUAUGGUGAUUUAUUCUUGAACGGAAAACUUGGUAUUAAAAAAGAUGAAGAAAAAGGACUACGGUAUUUGAAGAUGGCUGCUGUGAAGGGUCAACCUAAAGCACUAGAAGAACUUAAAAAACGCAGUAUUAGCCUAUAA